GCAGCCGGGUGCCUCAUAACAAACUGUGGACGAGCAGAAAUCAGCCAAGAUGAUUCUGAACUUGACCAAUGAAGUCUUCUGCUCCUUUGUCUUUUACGCCGUCCUCUCGCUCAUUAAGAUGUUCGCUCUCGCGGUGCUCACAGGACAGGUCAGACUCCGGAAAAAGGCUUUCGCCAAUCCAGAAGACGCUCUGAGACACGGGGACCUGAAGCUGUGCCGAACUGACCCAGACGUGGAGCGCUGUCGGAGGGCUCACCGCAACGACAUGGAGUGCGUCUACCCCUUCCUCUUCCUGGGUGUGCUGUACUGCUUCCUGGAUCCCAGUCCAUCCAUUGCAAGGAUCCACUUCAGGAUCUUCUUCCUGGCCAGACUGCUUCACACCAUGGCCUAUCUGUUCGCUCUGAAGGCCCCGACUCGAUCCCUGGCCUACACCCUGGGGCAGAUCCCAUGUUUCUCCAUGGCCCUCAAGAUUCUCAUCAACGUCGCCUCCUACUGGUGAAAGAAGGAUGAACUGCUCAUUGGUUGAGGGGUGGAAGCUAGGCCAAUUCCACCUGGUCUUUACAGGAUUCCCUUUAACAGCAUCUCCGGAAGUGAAGGCCUGAUGAAGUGCUCAGUCAGAGAUCAAGCCCAUUCAGUUUCUGGGCCUGAGUGAAAGAACACAGAGUGACCUGAGCUGACCAGACUCAUGUAUCCAGUCAGCAGUGACUUGUUUUUGUAGAAUAAUUAUUUUUCUAGAUGCGAAUAAUUAGACAUUCAGAAAUAAUGACUUUCUUUCUCAUGGUGCUAUUAUGGUGCGAGGUUUCAUUCAGUAAUAUCUGAAGGUCAAUUCCCUCAUCCAUGCUCAGUUCAAUCGUUUCUAAAGGUGCAGAUAAGGUGGGUGGAGAUGUAGUACAUUUGGACUCAGUGCCCUUAUGUGUGUGAGAGACCGUGUCUGUGUGUGCUAGAUUUUGUGUGAGAGACUGUGUAUUUGUGUCUGUGCAUGUGAAUGUGUGUGAGAGAGAGUCUCUGCGUGUGUGUGUGUGUGUGUGUGUGUGAGUCUGUGUAUACAUGUCUCUGUGUGUGAGGGUCUGUGUAAGAGAGUGUGUAUUUGAUUCAGUGUGAUGGCAAGGCCUAGCCAGGUCUUCAUAGCCUUUGUUCAUUAUUGAAGGAAUUCUCCAGACACAGUGGGCAGUGUCCCAGGCCCUGGGCCUGAGUCUGGUUUGAUCCCACCUCAGCAUUCGAUGACUGAGGAAGGUGUGUCCACAAUGCCAAACUGAUUGAAGGUCAACCUGUGAAUCCUUCCAGCAGGCACUAAUGGCAGGCAACAAGAGCAGGAAAGAUAACUCUGAGGAAUUCCAAAGGUAAUCCUCUCACCAGACUGGGAGGGGUGGAGGAGGGGAGAGCUUUUAACAACAUUCCAAGCGGGAAUCCUGUGGAAUGGGUUGGAGCUCCCGUCCAACAAUGUUAGUUUCUGCUGAAUUAGCCACCACUUCCAAUCAGAUGUCGCGUCAAACCCACACCAACUCCAAUCCCUUUAGUCAUGUCAGCUUAAAAUAAAGCCCCUGUCCCAUCAUUGGCAUCUGGGCAGGUUCAGAUCGGAUGUAUCAGUGAACACCUGAUCCAGAUCGAUCCACCCCUCACUGAAAUUACCGAAAAUUAACUGAUAGAAAGUUAAUGGAAGUUAUUUGCAACAUCUGUCAGUCAUUUCAAUGCACAAAGUUGUUAUGUCUUAUUUAUGCUUAGUUUGAGUUUUAUUUAUUAAUGCUAAUUUCUAAUUUAAUAGUGUAUUAUUAAAUGUGUAAGUUGGG